AUGGAAGCUAGCCAAUCCAACCUGAAAAAUGAGCCUUUUGUGGGCCGACAUUAUGAAUCAACAUCUGCUGCAUCGGACGCAACCGAACCACCAGCAGAGAAAUUUGAGUACCAAGCUGAGGUUGAGGUCUCGACAAAGAGCCCCAAAUCUGAUAAGCAAUAUGUAUGGGAAGGUGAAGCAAACUCUAGUUCCUAUACUAUCCAAGAAGAGACUGACCCUGCCAAGCUUAUUCCAAGGGGAUCCCGCCUCACUCUUUAUCAGUUUAUCUUAAGGUUGCAUGACGACAAAGGUUUCGCCCAUCCGGAAAGAAUCCAGAAGCUUGUGAAAAAUUAUUCGUUGUUUGUUUCGUUCCCAAUUUAUACAUGGCAAGAGAAGGGAUUCGCUAAAGAGAUAGAGGUUGAUGAGGAUCCUGCUGAAGCCAAUAAGGAUGCAGAAGAGAGGCAAACUGAGAAAAAGAAGAAGACCAAGAAAGUUGUUGAAAGAUACUGGGAUUGGGAGCUUACAAACAAGACCCAGCCAAUAUGGCUCCGUAAUCCCAAAGAAGUCACUACAGAAGAAUACAAUGAGUUCUACGAGAAAACAUUUAAUGAGUACUUGGAACCUCUUGCCUCAUCACACUUUACAACGGAGGGUGAAGUAGAGUUUAGGUCUGUUUUAUAUGUGCCAUCAAUGGCACCCACAGGGAAGGAUGACAUUGUCAAUCCCAAGACAAAGAAUAUAAGGCUCUAUGUCAAGCGUGUAUUCAUUUCUGAUAACUUUGAUGGUGAAUUGUUCCCACGGUACUUGAGCUUCAUUAAAGGUGUUGUUGACUCGAAUUAUCUUCCAUUGAAUGUCUCCCGUGAAAUUCUUCAAGAAAGUCGUAUUGUCUGCAUAAUGAGGAAACGUUUGGUGCUCAAGGCCUUUGACAUGAUUCUGGGCAUAACCAUGAGUGAUGAUAGAGAUGAUUAUGUGAAGUUCUGGGAGAACUUUGGGAAACAUUUGAAGUUAGGUUGCAUUGAAGACCGUGAGAACCACAAGCGCGUUGCUCCGUUGCUGAGAUUUUUCUCAUCCCAAAGCGAGGAAGAUAUGAUCAGCUUGGAUGAGUAUGUGGAGAACAUGAAACCUGAUCAGAAAGAUAUUUACUUCAUUGUUGCGGACAGUGUUGCUAGUGCAAGGAAUACACCCUUCUUGGAGAAACUUGUUGAAAAGAAUACUGAGGUCCUGUUUUUAGUGGAUCCAAUAGAUGAGGUUGCCAUCCAAAAUCUGAAAGCAUACAAGGAGAAGAACUUUGUAGACAUCAGCAAAGACGAUCUGGAUCUGGCCCAGCCUCAGCAUGACAAUGACCCCGCGCCGCCAAACCCUGACGAGUACGCCACCGCGCAGGACGCUGUAUUCGACAGCUCCCAUUUUGCUGAUUUGAAUCUCAAUCCAGACUGCGGAGAUGAUGGCGAGAAGCAGAUGUGGGACGAGAAGUACAGGAACAGAGUGAAAAGCAAUGUGUUCGGGGAAGAUGUUUCGCAUUCGAGAAUUUUGGAGAGAGAAGAGGAGAAGAAAAGGAAGACUGGAAACCUCGCCAGGGCCUUGUUAGAAGCGGCUUUAGAUGAAGAUGAUAAUGAGGAUGCAGAGGAGAGGGAGGUGACGGAGGAGGAUCAGAAGUCAUUGUCUGUUGGUAUUAUUGGGGCUCCUAACGCUGGAAAGUCAGCUCUCACUAAUUGCAUGGUUUGCUUGCCUUUUCUUCACUUUCUUUUCUGA